AGCCUCUGAGAUUUUCACCAAAGACAGCUGAACAGCAUCUCGCAGCUGCUCCAUCAUGGUGUAUGGACAGAUCCUUCAUCGGCACAGCCCUGAUGAUUUAUUUAUUAAUGUCAAUGUUGGUGGUUUCAAACAACGAAUGGAGCACAAUAUUCUGAAACGAUUCCCACAGACGCGUCUGGGUCGCCUUCUGUGUUGCAGCUCCAAAGAAGCAAUCCUGGAGCUCUGCGACGACUUCAGUCCCUCUGAAAUGGAGUACUAUUUUGACCGCAACCCAUGUUUUUUCUCCUACGUACUUAACUUUUACCUCACAGGUAAAAUCCACCUGGUGGAUGGGCUGUGCGUAGUCUCAUUUUUUCAAGAGAUUGAGUAUUGGGGCAUCAAGGAGCGCCACCUGGACUUCUGCUGCAGCAACAAAUUCUAUGAACUGAUGUUUGCUGAGGAUAAGUGCUGGGAUCAGAGGAGUGAUGAACUGCAGCUCCACAGCUCAGACUCGUCUGUUGAGGAGCUGUCAGCUUUGGAGGAGGACAUAGAAAUGUUUGAAGGCUCCUGGUGUGCAGAUGUCCGCAAGAAUAUUUGGAUUCGACUUGAGAAUCCAGGUUACUCCACUUCGGCCAAAGUGAUGGCUGUAGCAUCCCUAACUGUGGUCAUUGUCUCUAUCGUUGCCAUGUGUGUCCACAGCAUGCCAGACUUCCAUCAGGUGGAUGUCAAUGAGAAGGAGAUUGAAAACCCAGUGCUUCAUUUCUUUGAGAGCCUCUGUGUUCUUUGCUUCUCUGCAGAGUUUAUUCUUCGUUUGGCUGUUGCACCAUCAGCCAGGAAGUUCUUGUGCAGCCCUCUCAAUAUCAUUGACUUAAUGUCAAUUAUGCCCUUCUAUGUCACUUUAGUCUGUGAUAUAAUGGAUGAAGGUGAGAACACAGACCUGGAGAAUGUUGGCAAAGUGGUGCAGAUUUUGAGGUUGAUGCGAGUGUUUCGCAUCCUAAAACUGGCUCGCCACUCACCUGGCCUUCGCUCUCUUGGCGCCACGCUGCAGCACAGCUCCCGUGAAGUGGGGCAGCUGGUGCUUUUCUUGUCUGUGGGCAUUUCCAUGUUUUCUGUUCUUAUUUACUUUGUGGAGAAAGAAUCCCCUGAGUCAGAGCUGCAGACUAUCCCCAUAGGCUGCUGGUGGGCCACCAUUAGCAUGACUACAGUGGGCUAUGGGGACACGGUUCCCAUUACACUUGCUGGAAAGCUGAUAGGAACCCUGUGCAUUAUCUGUGGGCUGCUGAUCGUGGCUCUGCCCAUUACUAACAUCUUCAAUAAAUUCUCCAAGUUCUAUCAGAGGCAAAGACAUAUCUCAGAAGAAGCAAUAACUGAACCCUCUCCGGCAAGUACAGGGGUUUCCUACCCGAAUGCAUAGGCAACUUAGCAGUGGAGUAAGUGGAGCAUAUGCAUCCCUGUUGUUUAAUUAUUAACAAAUCAUUAAUCACAUCAUUAUACAGUCAGACUAGCAUGUGUUGAAUAAACCUGCUUGGCCCGCUGACUCCAGCCAAAUUGUAAAUUAACCUAAAAUAGGAUUGUACUGUCACUGACAUGCCCAAGCACAGUGUGGUUCUUAACAUUUUGUAUUAGCCCUGUUGACUUUAUCAUUUGGGAUGUAGUGUAGGUAAAACAUUCAUAAACACAGUUUACCCACCUUUUUCAAAUGCAACAUGGGGUUUAUUCCCCUUUUUAUGAGUAUACCAUUAUCUAAUAUUGGAAUAUUGUAAAGUUUAUCCACCUGCCAUGUUACCACUACAUCCCCGCUGUGAAUUUGUACAAUUACUGUUAAUAUCUCAGGCUAAUUUGCUGCCGCACUCUCUCCCUCGCCCAAACCUCUAUUAGAGCCCCCUAGCAUGUUUUCCAGGUGGUGUAGAAAUGCAUGUAAUUUGUUUUAAAUUAUAUCACCACACUGCCACCAAUUAUGUAUCUUCCAAAGUUUGCUCCCCCAUUUUAAAACAUAACCAGGCUCCCAUGCCAGGAUUUUCAAACAUUUAAUCCUCAAAACUCACAACUCGAGAAGUUGUAAAAAAAAAAAAAAAAAAAAAAAAA